CCCAACCAGAUAUAAGAAGAGGAAGAAACCACCCACUCCAGCACAAUCCAAACCCUCACCACUUCUCUAGAAAACUCCCCAUUUUCCAAUUCUCCAACAAAAUGGCCGCAGCUGCACCACCUCCUCCGCCGACUCCUGCGCCAUCGGCUCCCACCGGUCUUCCAGACUCUGAUUCUACCCCCGUCGGCCACCCACUCUUCUCUAGGAUCCGCCUUGCUACGCCGGCCGACGUCCCUCACAUCCACAAGCUUAUCCACCAAAUGGCGGUAUUCGAGCGGCUGACUCAUCUCUUCUCCGCCACUGAAUCUUCUCUCUCCGCCACUCUCUUUACCUCUCCACCAUUUCAUUCUUUCACUAUUUUCCUUCUAGAAGUUUCCUCUAACCCUCUCCCUAAAAUCACCUCUCAUUUCGCGCCUAUUGAUCGUAUUAUUCAACUUGAUCAUCCGAUUAAUGAUCCAGAAACCGAAACGUUCAAAAAUGGAAGCGAUGAUGUUGUGGUUGCUGGAUUUGUUCUGUUUUUCCCUAAUUACUCGACCUUUUUAGGAAAGCCAGGGUUUUAUGUGGAGGAUCUGUUUGUUAGAGAGUGUUAUAGGAGGAAAGGUUUAGGGCGGAUGUUGCUGUCGGCGGUGGCAGGACAGGCAGUGAAAAUGGGGUAUGGGAGAGUAGAAUGGGUUGUGCUUGACUGGAAUGUGAAUGCUAUAAAGUUUUAUGAAGAAAUGGGGGCUAAGGUUUUGCCUGAGUGGAGGAUUUGUAGGUUGACGGGUGAGAAUCUUGAGGCUUAUCGUGAUGCCAUUUAAGGGUUUUGCCGCCACGGUCAGUUAGGGGCUGAAAAUGAUGUAAUUAUUGGGUUAAUAUUGAAGAAGAAGAAGAAGAAGAAGAAGAAAGAUGGUUAGAUUUUCAAUUACAUGUAGCUUUUGAUGUUUGGUUUCUAAUUUCCAAGUGCUUUAAUUAGUAAUUGCGGCAUUUAGAUUAAUGAUAUUAAUCUUACUUUCCAUGAGUUUUCUUACUUGGAAAAGAAAACUAAUUUAGAUUUUUUUUUUUUUCAAUGUGGAUGUUGUUUGUGCUCUGUAUUGGCUAAACCAAAAGAAAGAGAAUUCUAUUUGAUAUUUUGUUCUCUUCUU